AUGUUUAUGAACACUAGCGUGAGAGCUGAAGUAUUACGUUCCGGCGAACACUAUUUCACCCUGCACAACAGACUUCAAGUAGAACACGCUCUCCGAAUACUUAACGCCCUGCUCCGGAUUCAAAAUCAGGCCAAAGGAAUAGACGAAUUGAGGGCUUACCAGGAAUAUUACGACGAGGAACUUCUCAGGAGACUCUCAAAAUUACUUAGCAUCGACUGGGCGCAUUACGUCAACAUCAACGCAGAGACUUUCUUGGAUAAGCUAGAGGCACAAGACGAAUUCGAUGCUUGGGUCAAGUCCGAGUGGAAGUACAACAUCUCAUCGUUCAAUCUCUCAGAACUGAACGAAGCAGUCGGUGAGGAAAAGCUCAAACGGUUCUUCAACAAGGUUUCGGGU